UUCGAAACUCCCCAACGUUCCUAUUUCUAUUCAAACACAUCAACGAGGCAACAAAACAAACAAAUAAAAUAAAAACAAAAAUCAUCUCUCUUCGUCGUCUUCUCCUCUCAAGAAUCGAAAAACCGAAACAGAGGAAACAUCACCCACCACCACCAAUGGGAUGUUUUACUGGUUGUUUCGGUCUCUCUUCCAACACAAAACGCAGAAACUCCACCAGGAAGAUCCUUCCUCAGCAUCAAAGAAUCUGUAGCUAUGAGCCUCUACUCUCUUCAGAUCCGUCAGAUUCCUUCACUAAUGUAGAUAGCCCUGAAAAGAUCUCGACUUCGAACCUCAGGUGUGAGGUGGGUGCAGAGGAGGAGGAGAAAGGAACAAAGAAGACGAGGAAGAGAGUCAGGUUUAACUUGAAUGUGCAAACCCUUGAACCACCUCCACCAUCAAGAUACGAGAAUUAUUGCAGCGGUGAUGAUGAUGAAGAGGCAAAAGGAGAGAUAAAGAGCAGUAGAUCUGUGUAUCCUUCAAACUAUAGAUACCAUAACUGCGAAGAUGAAGAUGAAUUGGGAUAUGGAGAGAGUGAUUUUGAGGAUGAAGACUAUUGCACAGAUGAUGAAAACGACUAUGAAGAUGACGCUGAUGAUGAAGAAGAAGAUGAGGACCAGGAUGUGACUCCUCUAUUGAAUCCAGUUGAGAAUAUUGCGCAGUGGAAAGCGGUUAAAGCAAAGCCGGUGAGAGUUAGGCAGCAGCUGAUGAAGGAGAACGUUCAAGUGGAGAGUGAUGAUGAUGAUGAUGAUCAAGCAAGACCACUACUGAAGGAGAUCAUCGUUAAUACUAGCCUUGCCGACUGGUUGGUCUCACCGAAGAGUUUUCAUGGGAAUGGUUCGGCUAAGAGAUCACCAAUUGUGGACAUCACCAACAUGGCGAACAGAUCAAAGGUUCCACAAUGAUGCAGUGUUUUGUUUGUUUGUUUUUUUUUUUUGUAGCAUUUCUGAUUCUUUAUGUGUGUGGAGAUUGGAGGUUUGUAUCAUCAGUUUCAUUAUUCAGAUUUAUUUUGAUAAAGUUGUGUGGUCUUUCAAUGUUUUGGCAUCUGCUUA